UUUGGUUUUGUGUAUAUGUUACUUCCUCAUGAGUCUUUGUUGAAAACAGAAACAUUUCAAAAUUGUAGCGUGCCUGACUCAUUGAGGGAGGGUAUGGGAAACACAUUACUCAUGUGAAUUUUUUUACUAGUGCCCAUCUUGAUUCCUCAUAAAAAUCAAGAGACUCACCGCACCGUGAAGAUCCUUCAUGAGCUUUACAGGAGGGCCUUUUGAGCUUUCGCAGUGUCAGCAGCACUCAGAAGAAAAUGCAAACAUUUGUCUCAGUAGCCCAGAAUGUUUGGGAAAUUUUUAUAUCCGAAAGGAAGCCUGGCUGGAAGAAUUGGAUGCAGCUUUUUGCAGUUUGCUCUGCAGUUGCCUUCCUCUCAAGCUUUCUCUUAUUCCUUGGCAUGCACUUCUCACUGGUACACCAUCCCUUGGGUCCCUUACUGAUUUCUGGAUUCAUCUGGAUCUCACUUUCUAUUGCGCUCUCCUGUUUCAAGCAUCUGCGCUGUUUUUCUGUCCUGUUCCUUCUUUCUUGUGGACUUCAAAAUGGCAGGAAUGCUCUUAUUACAGCUGGCACAGGUGUCAUUGUGGCCGGACACAUCCAAAAUAUUUUUCACAACCUAAAGGUUCUGGCAGACAGUAUAACCUGUCAUUUAGAGUUUGAGCAAUUUGCCUUGAUAAAAUAUUAUGUUGAGGCAGUAAAAUGGAUUUAUGAGAUGGUCAAGGUUUCCACUGAGCUAUCUAAACAUGUUGUGUUCCUAAGACAUGAAUUCACACCAUCUUAUUCCAUUUCAGAUGAUGCGUUAAAACAAGAGCUAAAUGACACAAAGCAAGAGAUCCAGAGAGUUGCUAACCAAAUCUCUUUUAUGCUGACUAUAUUGCCCUAUAUAGGGCAGAAAGUACUGCCUAUUGUGGGGAUUUUUCUAGCUUCUUUUGGAACUGGCCUCUUUAUGAAAAAAUUUAUGGGAUCCCACAGUAACAAAUUUAAGAACACUUAUAUCACAAAACAGUUCAUCGCAUUUGAUGAGCACCAAAAGCAACAGCAAAAACCCUGUCUUCUGCCACUUAACAGAAAAGAAAGAAAAUAUUAUGUGACAAUCCCAUCUUUCUGCCUCACAAAGAAGGACAGAAAAAACAUGCAGUAUUUUUUUCUCCCUGUAUUUAUUAAUCUUUUCAUCUGGCUUCUGUUUGCUGCAGUAGAUUAUUUGUUUUAUUGGUUAAUUAUUUCUGUGAAUAAACAUCUCCAAGAAGUACCAGAUCCAGAGAUUCAACUCAGCCUCGUUCAGCAAAAGAAUGAGAAGAGCUUUAUCAUUGAUAGGAGAGAGCAUAUUGCAAAGACUGAUGUUUUCAAGAUCUCUUUGUUUAAGCAUGACUGCAUCCCUCAGCCAGAGCUCACUCUCUCCACAACAUGGAUCCAGCUUGGAGUCAUCAUCUUCUUCUUAAUCAUUUUUGGGUUAUUCUCUGGCCUCCUGACCCAACUUAAGAUACUUGUGUCAACUUCAUUUUAUCCUGACACUGAGAUGAAACGGAUAAGUUACUUGCAUGCAAAAUUACUCAAGAAAAGAGCAAAGCUACAAGCAAAAACUGUGAAGAACACAUUUGCUAGAACGGUCAGCUUUUGGUUUCCAAUACUCAAGGCAAGAGAGGCAGUGAGGAAGAAAGAAAGGAGCGUGGCAAAUGACAACAUGGUGUGACAGAGACUAAAUGAAUCUUUGGAUAAAGCUGAGGUGCUCUUUCUCCACAGGGACCUGUGUUUUGCACUCAUCUUUCCUAUGGAAUUCCAAUUUUAAAAUGAAAAAAAAUAGGAUCAAAGGCUGAUGAUCAGUAUUUCAGAAAAGUGCGGAAAAGAAGCCAUGGGAGAUACUAUGCUAUCCACCACAGAGAACUCCGGGUUGCAUUAAUACUUGUUUUUCAACUUGGGGCGUGCAUCAUCUGGUGUGUUAGAAAUCUGUGUAAGAGCAAUCAAACAGCUUGGAUCUUUUAGGACUGUAGCACAAACCUCUUUGGGCUGAGCUAACAGAGGACAUCAUGGCAGGAUCAGGUUUGUCUUCUUCACAUUUGCCAGACACAUAAGAUAGAAGACACAGCAGAAGCUGUCCAUUGGCUUCUGGAUUGUCCAAGAACCUAAUUAGAGGGCUUAGAGGUUUCUAGAUAUUUUUCAACCUUCAGCUGCCCCAAACACUUCAACCUGGUUCUUUCUCAUCCCUAGAUUCAUAUACUUCCUUCUGCCUCUGUAGCCAUCUCUUCUGCAGGGUCAGUGCUCUAUCUCCCCUGUCAAUCUUCUAGCCCAGCCAAAUUCUCCCUCCCACCAUGGCUCUGCAACUUACUUUUGCUGAUUUGUCUUUCAGAAGUUUCUAACCCUGGAAUUCCUUACUUGGUCUUAGUCUCCCACUGUCACAUGUCCAUAGACUGUACAGAUGGUGCAGAUUAUCCCAUGUCUUUGACGUUCGUGAGAGAGGUAAUGUAGCACAUGCAAAAGUAAGAAUGCUCACAAGAGCUAGAAUAGAGAGGAAUCAGGUGUUCUAGGUGCAAACACAGUAAAUUGGUUUUGAGGUGGAGAGACACAAGAGCAGUGGUGAACAGUGCUUCAAAUCUUGCAGUCCAAGGGAGCUUGCAGGAGUGGCAAAAAUGGGCUUAAUUAUGUUGCUGGAGCUACCACUGACUUCAAUGAAACAAAGCUGAGCCAUUACUAAGUGCUUCACCUAUACAACUAACAGGGUUGAUGUGACCUUCAUAUGACACAAGAAAAAAUGCUAAGAGCGGAGUGACAUAGGAGUGGCUUGACUGGCGUGGCAAUAGUGUAGAGCUAAAAAUCACCCAACAGGCAGUAUAUUCUUGAUUUUCAGCCACAGCCAACUUCUUUCUUUAGGUUGUAUAAUAAUAGUGAACUCGACUCUGUUCCUCAAUCACAUGUGCAUGGUCUCAGGAGAGCCAUUGAUCAAUGUCUCUGUUAUGUGAAUGAAUAAAGACUUAUUUAAAACCUUCCAUUA